AUGGACGACGUUGCAGGGAUGGGCUUUGCGCUUGCCGAGGCGCAGGCCUCGUACGAUGCCGGAGGCGUGCCUGUGGGUGCCGCGCUUGUCGGCCACGACGGCUCUGUCGUCGGCGUCGGUCACAACCGGCGAGUGCAGGACGCCAAUCCGCUAUCGCACGGUGAGACGCAGUGCAUGAUGAACGUGGGUCGCCGGGCGAGCUAUGCUGACCUCGUCAUGUACACCACUCUUGCACCGUGCAUGAUGUGUGCCGGCACCAUUGUCCAGUUUGGCAUUCCACGCGUCGUCGUCGGUGAGGCCGCCAACUUUCCCGGCGAGCUUGACUUUCUCCGCGCCCGUGGCGUCAACGUUGUCGUCCUCGACCACAAGCCAUGCAUCGAGCUCAUGGCCAAGUUUAUCGCCGAAAAGCCCGAGCUGUGGAACGAGGACAUUGGCGUGGCUCCCGAUGCCUAG